AUGGCCAGUGUGAAUUCUUCCUUUACACCUUCGAAUAUAAGUUCAUCGACUUCUGGAACCUCGGCCAGCCUUGGUAUUGCCAUUCUUUCAGUGGCUUUGAUCAUCGGAUUCCCUGGCAAUGCAUUUGUUAUCUGGACAGUAUUGACUCAAGUGAAGAAACGCACUGUAACCUGCAUCAUCAUAUUACAUUUGGCUAUUGCGGACAUGGUAUUGAUCCUUACAGCACCUAUAUUCAUCCAUUUUCUGUCCACGGGCAACUGGGUAUUUGGGAAUGUCAUUUGUAAGAUGUGCCAUUACAUCGGCAAUUUGAGCAUGUACACCAGCAUCUUUUUAAUCACUUUCAUGAGUGUGGAUCGUUUCUUUGCUGUGGCCAAACCGUUCACUUCUCAACAGGUCAGAACGAAGCCGGUUGUUCGGAGCAUAAUGUUUGGUAUAUGGAUAUUAGCAAUGCUGUUUGCCAUUCCAAUGCCAAUAAAUCGAUCAGUAGAGACCAAAAACAACCGUCAACAGUGUGUUACUGUCCAAGGUGAGGAAGAUGGGGUUAAGCACCAUCUAGUCUUUCAGUAUUUGUUUGAGACUCUGAUGGGGUUUUUUAUCCCUUUUACAAUCAUCCUUUCCAGCUACAUCUACAUUGGAAUAAGGUUACUUCGAGCUAAAUUUCAAUCGAAGCAAAGGACAAGCCGGCUGGUUAUAAUAAUCAUAUUAACAUUUGCCCUCUUUUGGCUUCCAUACCAUGUGGUGAAUAUGCUGCAGGUGUCUGGAGAAUUGUCUUUAUCAAAAAGCCUAAGGGAAGCAUCUAAAUUUGCUCGACCAAAUGCCACAGCCCUUGCGUUUUUCAGUAGCAGCAUUAACCCCAUUUUGUAUGUAUUUGCUGGUGGCAACUUCAUAAGGACAGCUGGAGUUGGAUUCAUGGCCAAGCUCUUUGAAGCAUCUGGCUCAGAGGCGGGCAGUAUUCGGAAAGUCUCCCAAGUCUUCCAACAAAGAAGUAGAAAGCAAUCUACAGAACAAGGGAAACUAAAGGAAAAUGUAGAGGAAUAAACAUGGUUAACUGGCCACAAAUGGAAACAUUCUUCCUAAUCAUGCUUUGAUGUGCAGAUCUUAGUGUUACCAGAUGUCCAUAUUAUCCUAUUGGAG